UCAAACGGUUCUAGGAUGGGGUAAAAAGGAAUACAAAAUAUCUAUAAAAAUGACUGUAAUUAUAGACGAAGAGGCAGAAAAAGAUAUGCGAACAUUUAAGGAGAAAUGCGUGAAAUGUCUCCGUGGUCCGAAUUUGCUGAAAACUUUAGUUGUCGUUGGUUGCAUUCUCAUUGUUGUACAACAGAUAAGUGAAUGUGUAAACAAGCUGAUGAUAAACAUACCGGUAGUGACGUAUACGCAUUUUGAUUUCAACAAAUCAAUUGUGUAUCCGAGCGUUACAUUCUGCAGGGAACCGGCUUACAAAUACGACAAACUUCUGGACUAUGGACUGUAUUCACAUCCACGGUUUACUUCAACUUGGAUGAGUUUCAAUUUUUCUGUCAACCAAGAUUUCAUGUGGGACGAAAUCUCGUACAAUGAAGGAGAGUUCUUCGUUCAAUACGGUCUUGAAGGAUCACCGGAAAAUGUAGAACUAACCUCAACACUGGGCUUAGUGACUGGGCGCUGUUUCACACUGUCUCCCAAAGUGCAGCUGCGGCAGGCGUCCAAAGCCUCAGGGUACUCCAUCACGCUGCAGCACCGGGAACUGGACAUCGCCACCAGCUCCGGCGUCUGCCCGCCGGGGUACCACGUCUACGUACACUACACCCGUGAGCCUUUCACUGAAGUAGAAGUGUACAACGGCGGGCUGGUGGAUUACCUCUUCAUCAACGCGGGCGAGGCGGUCGACGCCAAGCUGACUGUGGACGAAUACGUCAAGUUGUCUAAAGAUGAUGACCCUUGCACGUAUUUAGACAAUUAUAGCGCUAAUAAUUGCACAACGCAGUUCGUAUGGACCCAUGUGGAGAAUCUUGUAGGAUGCUCUGGACCCUGGAUGAAGAGCAGCCUGCCUCGGUGCAGCAACUACACUGCCAUGAGGAAUCUUAUCAGAGCUUACAUAAACACAUACAAAGACCAUGAAUGUGAUACAUGUCCUAGAUUCUGCAGAUCUUAUCUCUACAAUGCCUUUGUGACUGACAGACAGAGUUUCUACGUGUGGGACUCUACUGCUAAAUUGUGGAGCUUGAAGAGUGGCUACACUGCGUUACAAUCUCAGUUGUACAUUCACUUUAACAGCAUGAUGGUGUCAGUUUACGAGGAGAGACACAAUUACGAUUGGAACAUAUUCCUGUCCGACCUCGGCGGGAAUAUUGGUUUCCUCCUCGGUCUUUCUGUCAUCAGCUUGAUGUCGAUCCUCGGCAGCGUGUGGUUCGAGAUCCUCCGACCUUUCAUCAUCAGGAAGAAGAUCAAGAAAGACAUGUUAAGCGUGACCAGCUCCACUCCUACUGCUGAAGUGGCUGUCAUAUACAAGGCGAUUGAGAAGUAUAGAGAUUGUAAGAAAUAA